UCGUUCGCACCGCUUCUUGCACACCCUUUCUCCCUCCUCCUCCUCCUCGCCCCGCCUUCCCUCUUCUCCUCAGCCCCUCAAGUUCUUUCCCCGCCUCACCACCUUCCACGAUCUCGCGAGACUUGGCCCAGAACAUUGCGGAUCGGGUCGGCGCCAUUUUGGGACUGAGACUGGUUGUGGGGGAGGGAAAAGCGGCAAAAGGGGAUUAUUCAAAGUACCGAAAACCUCCUCCCGGGAUCGAGCGCAGCGGCACCCCCAGGCCAGGGACACCUCUGGUGGGGCAGAAGGUGAUUGAAUUAUUCAGAUAUGAAGAUCAUCUUCUAGGUUUUCUGUAAAAGGCCCCGGAUAUUUCAAGUGGCCAUUUUGGAAUUACAAUGUUUUUGGAUAAUUUUGCCCCAGAAGUUUAUUAAAAUUGGCAAGAAUCAUCUCUGAAGUGACUUGAUAGUAGUGAACCGAUUCAACAAGCUACUUAAAGAGACCCAGGCAUUUCUUCAGUAUUUUGGUUCAAACGGAUUAUAUAACUGGUUAAAGUAUUUCAGCUGGUGAUAUUUUUGCCCCCCCCAUCCUGUUGUUGUUCUUCAGCCAAAACUGUUUAAGAUAUGUUUGAUUUGUGUACUGAAUAGUUUCAGCAGCUUCAAAUUACUGUUUGAGUAUUGUUAAAGUUUCAUGGCAGUUUAUUUUUACCUUUAUUAAAACUUUUAGGAAUUUUUGACCUCAGCCCUUUUCAUGUCACAAUGGGACAGCUUUUCUAAAUGAAGACAUUGAAAGAAUACAGAGCUUUUUUCUUUUUAUCUUUUACUUACGUGGAAAUUUAAGAUGUUGCAGUUUUCCACCAGCAUGGUAGUAUUGAGAUAGCUAUUUGUGUCUUUUUAUGUGCUGAUGUUUAGGAAUACUCUUCAGAUGUGAAAUUUUCUGUUUGUUUCUGCUUUUUGGCUCAUAAAUUGGAUAUUUCAUCUGGAGUGGAUAAGUACAACAGUGACAAGUACAUGGAAUAAUAAAGAAGACUUUGAUCUUAAAUCCGAGGAACUUGGCUAAUUCUGGAGAUAGCCAUAUGAAAACUUUAAAACAGAAGUAUGGGUAGCUGACUUGAAAUAACUCUAUGUCAAAUAGUCAUAGGUUAAGCAUCUUCAAAGAACUUGGGUAUUAUUUCAGAGGAUACAAAAUAAAAAAACAAACUGGAAAACAUAAAGAUUACAGAGAAAAAACCAACACCUUCGUGGCCAGUCCUGUUGGAAUUUGGUCUCGCUGAGUUGCUGAGGCUGGCCUUGAACUUGUGACCCUCCUGCCUCAGCCUCCCUAGUCGCUGGGAUUACAGGGACUUGCCAUGAGGUGUUGAAGCCUUGUUUCACUGAGUUGGAGAGACUGGACCUAAAUGGCGCAGCAUGACUUUGCUCCAGCCUGGCUUAAUUUUCCUACUCCACCAUCAUCAACAAAGUCAUCAUUGAAUUUUGAGAAACAUUCUGAAAAUUUUUCAUGGACGGAAAAUCGUUAUGAUGUGAAUCGUCGAAGACACAACUCUUCGGAUGGCUUUGAUUCUGGUAUUGGACGUUCUAAUGGAGGUAAUUUUGGAAGGAAAGAAAAAAAUGGAUGGCGUACGCAUGGCAGAAAUGGUACUGAAAACAUAAAUCAUCGAGGAGGAUACCAUGGUGGAAAUUCCCGUUCUCGUAGCAGUAUUUUCCAUUCUGGAAAAAGCCAAGGACUACAUGAAAACAACAUACCUGACAAUGAAACCGGAAGGAAGGAAGAUAAAAGAGAACGCAAACAGUUUGAGGCUGAGGAUUUUCCAUCUUUAAAUCCUGAAUACGAGAGAGAACCAAAUCAGAAUAAAUCUUUAGCUGCAGGUGUAUGGGGCCUACACGCCCAGACACACACAUACCCAACCAAAAAAAUCUCCCAAGCUCCUCUCUUAGAGUAUCCUCCGAAUCCUAAGUCUAGAGCUCCAAGGAUGCUGGUCAUUAAGAAAGGUAAUACAAAAGACUUACAGCUAUCUGGAUUCCCUGUAGUAGGAAAUCUUCAGUCACAGCCAGUUAAGAAUGGAACUGGUCCAAGUGUUUAUAAAGGCUUAGUCCCUAAACCUGCUGCUCCACCUACAAAACCUACACAAUGGAAAAGCCAAACUAAAGAAAAUAAGGUUGGGACUUCUUUUCCUCAUGAAUCUACAUAUGGUGUUGGCAACUUUAAUGCUUUUAAAUCAACUGCCAAGAAUUUUAGUCCAUCGACAAAUUCAGUGAAAGAGUGUAAUCGUUCAAAUUCCUCUUCACCUGUUGACAAACUUAAUCAGCAGCCUCGUCUAACCAAACUGACACGAAUGCGCACUGAUAAGAAGAGUGAAUUUUUGAAAGCGUUGAAAAGGGACAGAGUAGAAGAAGAACAUGAAGAUGAAAGCCAUGCUGGCUCAGAGAAGGAUGAAGACUCAUUUAAUUUGCAUAACAGCAAUAGUACUCACCAAGAAAGGGAUAUAAACAGAAAUUUUGAUGAAAAUGAAAUUCCACAAGAGAAUGGCAAUGCCUCAGUGAUUUCCCAACAGAUCAUUCGGUCUUCAACCUUUCCACAAACUGAUGUUCUUUCCAGUUCACUUGAGGCAGAACACAGGUUGUUAAAAGAGAUGGGCUGGCAGGAGGACAGUGAAAAUGAUGAAACAUGUGCUCCCUUAACUGAGGAUGAAAUGAGAGAAUUCCAAGUUAUUAGUGAACAGUUGCAGAAGAAUGGUCUGAGAAAAAAUGGUAUUUUGAAAAAUGGCCUGAUCUGUGACUUCAAGUUUGGACCCUGGAAAAACAGCACUUUCAAACCCACAAUUGAGAAUGAUGACACAGAGACAAGUAGCAGUGACACAUCAGAUGAUGAUGAUGUGUGAAGAAUUUCCUAACAGCUUUAGAAUUUUUAGUGUGAUACAUCUCUCAUGCAGUUUGGGGUGAAUUGUAAAAAUGAAGAACUAUAAUUUAUGUAGUGAAAUACCCCAUUAGAAGAUGAUUUUUUUGGGGGACUUCAAUAUGAAGAAAACCAAGAAUGUUGUGUUGGGCUAUGUUGAACAUUAUUUCUUUGUAAAUGAAUGUUGUAGAAAUGAGGACUUUGGUUGAUCCAACAUUGACUUUCUUCAUCACUGCAGCAUUUCUCUGACUAGCAAUGUGACGAUGUAACAAAUGAGAUUUUCUCAUUUAAUAAUAAAAAAUUGUGUAAUGUUUUGCAAAGCUUCUGUCUUAAAAUGUCCAGGUUUUAAGGGGGAAAAAAAAAAGGGCAGCUUACACUGUUUUGCUUGCAGAGCAUAUCUUUUUCAUACAGUGGAAAU